AUGGAUGAGAAUGUAGAGAAUUUGGAAACACCAGAUUACUUCCCUGUCAAGCUACUGAAAACCAAAGAGCUGCUUGCUGAGGGGAGCUACAUGCUUGGGGCCCACCCUCAUGAGGUCAUGAGCACAGGAAUCUUUUGUAAUUUUCCACUGAUAGCGGCCUUCUCCCAGCUCUUUCCCGGGCUUAGGCCUUGGGUAGCCAUGUUGGCUGGACUUGUCUAUCUUCCUAUCUAUAGAGAAUAUCUCAUGUUCAGUGGUGAGCUGUGUCUUGUGAAUCACCAGAGUCUGGAGUUCAUUGUGUCCCAGCCCCAGCUUGGCCAGGCUGUGACCAUCCUGAUUAGGGGUGGGCAGGAAACCCUGUAUGCAGUUCUAAGGGAGCUGGAUCGCACAAAGGGCUUUGUGCUCCUAGCGCUAAGGCAUGAGGCCUCCCUCUUGCCUGUGUACUCCACUGGGGAGAAUAAUAUUUACAGAUUCAAGUCUUUUGCCUAAAACUCCUGGCAGCAUCAAUGCCAAGUUGCCUGCAAGAGACUCACGUGAUUUUCCCCUUGUAUCUUCUGGGACCACAGUCUCUUCUCAGCCAGUUCCUGGUGUCUGGUACCAUUUGCCCUGCCCAUCACUAUUGUAAGUGAAUAGGUUAGCCACCCCAUCUGUGUGCCCCCAUGCCUCAAACUCACAGAAGCCCAAGUGGGUCUUUAUCACCAACUCUACGUCAAGUUUCUGGAGCAACUGUUCAAAGCCCACAAGGAGACCAGAGUGUCUACUUCUGCCCUCCUCAUCUUCCUCUAG